CGAUGUGUCGCCACAAUGGCGUUCUGUCCAUCGGUUACCAUGUCGCUGAGGGUGGCGCUGGUGGUGGCCGCCAGUCUGCUGGUGGUGGUGCAGGCCUCGCAAGAUGUCAUGAAGAACUUGGCCGUCAAUUUCGCGAAACCUUUGGAUGAUUGUAAGAAGGAGAUGGACCUGCCGGACUCUGUGACGACAGACUUCUACAACUUCUGGAAGGAAGGCUAUGAGCUGACGAACAGACAGACCGGCUGUGCUAUCCUCUGCCUCUCCUCCAAGUUGGAGAUCCUCGACCAGGAAUUGAACCUACAUCACGGCAGGGCCCAGGAAUUUGCCAUGAAACACGGCGCUGACGAGGCCAUGGCGAAGCAGAUAGUGGACAUGAUCCACACGUGCGCACAGUCUACUCCCGAUGAGGCAGCGGAUCCUUGCAUGAAGGCCCUGAACGUAGCCAAGUGCUUCAAGCUGAAGGUACAUGAGCUCAACUGGGCUCCCAGCGUGGAACUCAUCGUGGGAGAGGUGCUUGCUGAAGUGUAACUUCAAUUACUCAAAAGCUAUUGGCUUGCCAAGCAUAUCAGAUAUUUCGAACUUUGGUCAACAAUUCGUUUCAUCGAUGUUAAUAAAGCAUGAAAAUUGUCAAAUAACAAGGUUUCCAAAAUUGUUUGACGUCGGCUUCGUUCAAUGGACUCCACGUUAGGUUAGUUGUGAAGAAUCUCCUGGCUCGCCAGUUCGCCUCAGAGGGUGUGGGUAGAUAUAAGUUGCAACAUGAUGGCAAAUAUUGGUCAAUAAACUGUACAUCAUUGG